UUGUGUGUAGAAAGGGCCUGCGGUAUUGUCGCGGGGCUGCGGCGUCGGACGCGCAGAGUAGCUGCCGGAGUUGUUGGGUGUGGUGUUCGCCGCUGCUAUGAGCUACACAGGCUUUGUCCAGGGAUCUGAAACUACUUUGCAGUCGACAUACUCAGACACGAGUGCUCAGCCCACCUGUGAUUAUGAUUGAAGAGGAACCUGAGUGUAGGACCUCGGCCUGCGCACCCCCCACCUGCCCUCCCACCUCCGCAUUCGCCCUUGUCCAUCUUCUGUGUGUGUGCACUCUUGCUCUCCUGUGGCUGGAUUCUGUUGUUCAUCACACUGCAUCUCACUGAGCUUUGGUCCCCUGCCCUAGGAUGACCAUGGCCUGUCUGUCUGCAGGGCAGAGACAAUGUGGAGUAGGAGGGUAUGGAACUUGGAACUCGGGGAUAAACAGAGGCAAGUAUCAUCCCUACGAUCGCUCUCCUCGCCCUUGGGGUUGAACUGUUGUGUGUUUCUGCCGCUGCCGAGUUUUGCCAAGGUUGGGAGGGUGUCUUUGGGGACCCCGGGGGUUCUGGGGCCGAGGACUCCUUCACAGGAGGCUUCAUCGGAAUGGCUAAGGCCUCAGGUGGCUAGGUCUUCCCAGCUUGUCUCUGUGACAGAAGACGUCCUUGUCUCUGUUUGUCUCCCUCUCUCUCUCUGCCUCUCCUCUCCCUGCCUCCGCCAUCUCUCUCUGUCUGUCUCUGUCUCCCUUGUUGCAGGCUACGAGAACUAUGGCUACGGCUAUGGCCAUGGCCAGGAUAACAGCACCAACUAUGGGUAUGGUAUGGCCACUUCAAACUCUUGGGAAAUGCCUAGCUCUGAUUCACAUGCAAACCCUAGUGCUGCGGGUAGCGCCAGUGCCGAUUCCGUUCUGUCCAGAAUUAACCAGCGCUUAGAUAUUGUGCCACACUUGGAGACAGAUGUGAUGCAAGGAGGCAUGUACGGCUCAAGUGGAGAAAGAUAUGAUUCCUACGAGGCCUGUGACUCAAGGGCCAUCCUGAGCGAGCGUGACCUGUACCGGUCGGGCUACGACUAUGGCGAACUUGACCCUGAGAUGGAAAUGGCCUAUGAGGGCCAGUACAGUGCCUACCGUGACCAGUUCCGCAUGCGUGGCGGCGACACCUUUGGCCCACGGGCUCAGGGCUGGGCCCGGGACUCCCAGAGUGGCCGGCCGAUGGCCUCGGGCUAUGGGCGCAUGUGGGAAGACCCCAUGGGGGCCCGGGGCCAGUGCGUGCCUGGUGCCUCCCGGCUGCCCUCCCUCUUCUCUCAGAACAUCAUCCCCGAGUAUGGCAUGUUCCAGGGCAUGCGUGGUGGGGGCGCCUUCCCUGGUGGCUCCCGCUUUGGCUUCGGGUUUGGCAAUGGGAUGAAGCAGAUGAGGCGGACCUGGAAGACCUGGACGACGGCUGACUUCCGGACCAAGAAGAAGAAGAGAAAGCAGUGCAGCAGUCCUGAUGAGCCGGAUAGCAAAGCCACUCGUACAGACUGCUCAGAUAACAGUGAUUCAGACAAUGAUGAGGGCACCGAGGGGGAAGCUGCAGAGGGCACUGAAAGUGCCGAGACUGUGGAGAAAGGCUCCAGAGCAGAAGGAGAAGAUGAAGAGGGAAAAGAGGAGGGGAAGGAAGAAGGCAAAGAGGAUGCAGACAAGCGGGCCCUGAGCACCCAGGAUGAGAGCAGUCAGGCCAAGCGCAAGUUGCAGGCAGGCAAGAAGAGCCAGGACAAGCAGAAAAAGCGGCAGCGAGACCGCAUGGUGGAAAGGAUCCAGUUUGUGUGUUCUCUCUGCAAAUACCGGACCUUCUAUGAGGAUGAGAUGGCCAGCCACCUUGACAGCAAGUUCCACAAGGAGCACUUUAAGUAUGUAGGCACCAAGCUCCCCAAGCAAACGGCUGACUUUCUGCAGGAGUAUGUCGCCAACAAGACCAAGAAGACAGAGGAGCUGCGGAAAACUGUGGAGGACCUUGAUGGUCUGAUCCAGCAGAUCUACAGAGACCAGGAUCUGACCCAAGAAAUUGCCAUGGAGCAUUUUGUGAAGAAGGUAGAGGCUGCCCACUGCGCAGCCUGUGACCUCUUCCUGCCCAUGCAGUUUGGGAUCAUCCAGAAGCACCUCAAGACCACGGAUCACAACCGGAACCGCAGGCUCAUGAUGGAGCAGUCCAAGAAGUCCUCGCUCAUGGUGGCCCGCAGCAUCCUCAACAACAAGCUUAUCAGCAAGAAGCUGGAGCGCUACUUGAAGGGUGAGAAUCCUUUCACCGACAGCCCCGAGGAGGAGAAGGAACAGGAGGAGACCGAGGGCGGCACGCCGGAUGAGGGGGCGCUGGUCGAAGUGGCAGGGGGCGCGCAGAGUGCAGAGGGCGCGGCAGCGCAGCCUCCCAUGCCCCCGGAGCCGGCCCCCGAGGCCGCGGCCCCGCCACCGCCGCCACCCCCUGAGGACGAAGAGGAGGCCGUGCCCCUGCUGGGCGGGGCGCUGCAGCGCCAGAUCCGCGGCAUUCCGGGCCUCGACGUGGAGGCCGACGAUGACGAGGAGGGCGGCGGAGGCGUCCCGUGACCCGGGCCCGGAGCGGGCGGGACCCGCGCGGCUGAGGCCGGAAGCUGAGCCUAAUAAAGUUCUUCCCCUGUCA